AUUAGAUUAGAAAGGGACCUCCGACUUCGGCUUCAGCUUCAGCAACCCGGCCGGGGGAGUGUUGCUGACUUUUCUGCUUUCCCGUUAUCAACUUCCACCUUCCCGCUCUGAUAUAAACACAAGCAUUUUGGUCUCAAUUCUGUACAGCAACGUAUACAACACACUGCACCUCUGAUAAUGAAGUACGUGUUGAUCACCGGUGGAGUUGUGAGUGGCCUGGGCAAGGGCGUGACGGCGAGCAGCAUAGGGGUCGUGCUCAAGGCCUGUGGUCUUCGCGUCACUUCCAUCAAAAUUGAUCCAUACCUGAACAUAGAUGCCGGUACCAUGUCUCCUUUUGAGCAUGGGGAAGUUUUUGUUCUUGACGAUGGUGGAGAGGUUGAUCUGGAUUUGGGAAAUUAUGAGCGCUUCCUAGAUGUCACACUUACAAAGAAUAACAAUAUCACCACUGGAAAAAUAUACCAGUCUGUUCUCGAGAAGGAACGCAGGGGUGAUUACCUCGGAAAAACUGUUCAGGUAGUACCACACAUCACAGAUGCCAUAAAAGAUUGGAUUGAGUCAGUUGCUGUGAUUCCCGUGGAUGGGAAGGAGGGGCCAGCAGAUGUUUGUGUGAUUGAGCUUGGAGGCACUGUGGGUGACAUUGAAUCUAUGCCGUUUAUUGAGGCUUUGCGGCAAUUGUCCUUUUCUGUUGGGUCUGACAACUUCUGUCUCAUCCAUGUUAGCCUAAUACCAGUGCUGGGUGUUGUGGGAGAACAAAAAACAAAACCUACGCAACACAGUGUCAGGGAACUGAGAGCAUUGGGUUUGACUCCUCACCUUUUAGCUUGUCGAUCUGCUGAGCCUCUUUUGGAUAAUACGAAGGACAAACUCUCACGGUUUUGCCAUGUUCCAAUUGAGAAUAUUCUAAAUAUUCAUGAUGUCCCAAACAUUUGGCACAUUCCUCUCUUACUUAGGAACCAAAAUGCGCACCAUUCAAUUCUGAAGCAGCUUGACCUACUCAGCAUUGCUAUGCCUCCUGACUUGAGGAGUUGGACGAAGAUGGCUGAGACUUAUGAUAAUCUUACUGAUUCUGUGAGAAUUGCGAUGGUGGGGAAAUACGUUGGCCUAACAGAUUCAUAUUUAUCUGUUAUAAAGGCUCUUCUGCAUGCUUGCAUUGCGUGCUCAUUGAGGCCAUCAAUUGAUUGGAUUGCAGCAUCUGACCUUGAAGAUGAUAGUGCAGAAUCGACACCAGAAGCUUAUGCUGCUGCAUGGGAGACUCUGAGGAGGGCAGCUUGUGUCUUGGUUCCUGGUGGAUUUGGAGAUCGUGGUGUGAGGGGUAUGAUGCUAGCUGCCAAAUAUGCCAGAGAGAACAAUGUUCCAUAUUUGGGAAUUUGCUUGGGAAUGCAGAUUGCUGUGAUUGAGUUUGCAAGAUCGGUGUUGGGUUGGGAAAGGGCUAACAGUGUAGAGUUUGAUGCCCAAACGCCAAAUCCUGUUGUGAUUUUCAUGCCUGAGGGUUCACGAACACACAUGGGAAGCACCAUGAGGCUAGGAUCUCGUAAAACACUAUUUCAGACACCUGAUUGUAUUACUUCCAAGCUGUACCACACCUCACAGCAUGUGGAUGAGCGGCAUCGGCAUAGAUAUGAGGUAAAUCCAGAUGUUAUUGGAACACUAGAAGAAGCUGGGCUAACAUUUGUUGGAAGGGAUGAAAGUGGAAAGCGAAUGGAGAUCCUAGAGCUUCCAAGUCAUCCAUUCUAUGUAGGCGUGCAAUUUCAUCCUGAAUUUAAAUCACGGCCUGCUAAACCCUCUGCUUUAUUUCUAGUGUUGUACCUGCAGGUCUGAUUUUGGCGGCAACAGGGAAGUUGGAAGCCCACAUCAGUGGCUAUGAAAAUGGAAGUUAACGCACAAUCUUCUGCUAUUUUGACAAUGCCCUAGUUUUGUUAGGAUAUUAUGUAUUUUUUGGAAAAAAGAGAAGAAAAAGAAAAAGAAAACCCGGAAUGAAGGGAAUCCCCGCAGUCGAGCAUAUGUGCGGCUGCUCCACAUUCGUUUUGGCUGGUUUCAAAGGCGUGUCCAUGGUAAUGUUAUUUGGACGUCUCUUUUACUUUCAGAGCUACGGUUCAAUAUUCUAAUCAUUAGACUGCCUUUAGGAUCUUUUGAUUCUGAUGUAACGCAAAACAGAGCUCUGGUAUUGGUUGCUGGACUCCCAGGAUGUUCAUUAUAGGUUCAAAGUUUACCUCAAAAUCCUCCCUUGUUCUAUAUGUACGAUUUACUCCCUGUUCAUUUCAUGUGCCAGAUUAUCUGAUCUGCUGUCCUUA